AGAAAAUGAGAGAGAGAGAGAGAGAGAGAGAGAGAGAGAGAGAGAGAGAGAGAGAGAGAGAGAGAGAGAGAGAGAGAGAGAUAGAGAAACAGAGAUCUAGAAAGAAGAAGAAAGCGAGGUAUAUAGAGAGAGCAAGAGAGGUAGAGAGAGAGAGAGAGAGAGAGAGAGAGAGAGAGAGAGAGAGAGAGAGAGAGAGAGGGAGGGAGGGAGAGAGAGAGAGAGAGAGAGAGAGAGAGAGAGAGAGAGAGAGAGAGAGAGAGAGAGAGAGAGAAAGAGAGGUAGAGAGAGAGAGGAAGAGAGGUAGUGGUAGAGAGAGAGAGAGAGAGAGAGAGAGAGAGAGAGAGAGAGAAAGAGGGAGAGAGAGAGAGAGGGAGAGAGAGAUAAAGAGAGAGAGAGAGAAAGAGAGAGAGAGAGAGAUCAAGAAAGAGGUGGAAAAAGAGGUAGCGAAAGAGCGAGAGAGAGUCCCCGCCUAUCCCCUCAUCAAUCCCGCAUCGAGACAACGAAGCACCAACCUAAGUCACGCAAAUUCCUCACUCAGAAACUCCAGCCUGCCCUGCGUGCUUGUCGCUGCUCGUCGCCGUACUGCCGCCAUGGACGGCCUCCUCGCGCCGCAUCCCUCGCACUCGCUCGCCUGGUCGUCCGCCGUGUCAGCCGGCGCCCAUCGCGUCAACUCCCCAGCUCCCAGAGGAGAAAACCUUCCGUCCAAUGCUGCGUUUGGGCGAUUACGGCCGACUCGGCGCUUGCGGGGAGUAGUUAAGUGCUCGGCGCGCAGCAGGGGGGGCGAUAGCAGCGGGGAUGCGGGCGGCAGGUUGGUGGGCGCGGUGACAGCAGCGGGGCAGGCGCUGUGGGGGAAAGGGCUGCCGCCCGGGCUGCUCGUGCAGGUAGCGCGUGAGGCAUGGGGCAGUGGGUGGCGGGUGAUGAUGGCACAGCUAGCGCCCAGCGACGAGGCGGGCAACUACAAGCGCACCCCCAGCGCCUACCGCCACACCAUCCAGCCCCCACCCGCCUCCACCUCUGCUGCCUCCCGUGCAACCACCCCCACCAUUACCAAGAGCACCACCACCAGCAGCACCGGCAGCAGCGGGCAGACAGUCGCCCCCGGCACGUUCCCCGCGGAGCCCGGGCGGUACCAUCUGUACGCAGCACUGUCGUGCCCGUGGGCGCACCGCACGCUCAUUGUGCACUCCCUCAAGGGCCUCUCCUCCGCCGUGCCCCUCUCCAUCGCCCGCCCGGGCGAGGGCGGGCUCUGGGAGUUCGCUACAGGCGAAGGGCCUCGAGGGAAGGGUGGCGUAGGGAGCAGAGGGAGGGGCGAGGGGAGAGAGGGAGGGGGAGUGAGAGAGGGAGAGGGGGGAAAGGAGGAGGAGUUGCUAGUACCGACAGAGGACCGGGCAGGGGGGUGUGCGGUGCUGAAGGAGGUGUAUGGGCAGCAGCAGGGCGGGUACGAUGGGCGCAGCACCGUGCCAAUGCUGUGGGACGCCAAGACCAAUCGGGUGGUGAACAACGAGAGUGCGGACAUCAUCCGCAUCCUCAACGCCGCCUUCAAUGACUACGCUGACAACCCCCACCUGGACCUCGCACCCGCGGCGCUCUCCCAGCAGAUGGCUGCAUGGGACGAGGAGAUCUAUAACAAUGUCAACAACGGCGUGUACAGGUGUGGCUUCGCCACAAGCCAGGCAGCCUACAACAGAGCAGUAACCGACCUGUUCACCACUCUGGACCGCAUUGACUCGCACCUAGCAACCUCUCGCUUCCUCUGCGGGCCCGCCCUCACGCUCUCGGACGUGCGCCUCUUCACCACGCUCGUGCGCUUUGACGCCGCAUACCACACGCUCUUCAAGUGCUCGCGCAGGAAGAUCGUGGAGUAUUCCAAUCUGCACGCGUACAUGCGCGAUAUUUUCCAGACGCCUGGAGUUGCUGCCACGUGUGACAUAGCUGGUGUGCGCGACAACUACUUCGGCCAGCUCUUUCCGCUGAACCCUGGCAGCAUCAUCCCUGUGGAACCCCUCAGCUGCAACCGCUCUCAGCUCUGGAAGCCGCACAACCGGCACCUCCUGUCCUUGUCACAAGCAUGAGUCUGGUUGAAUGUUUAUGUUGGCUUUGAGAAAGGGCGCAGGUUGUGUUGUGCUAAGCUGCACACAGUAGUGCCGCUGAUUUGAUUAUACCUACAAGCCUACGGGGUUUAGCUUGGCAAGCAACCAUUCCCCCUUCUUGCAGUUUCUAAGUCACCUAAGCUAGUGCUUUAUCUGCACUUUGUGAUUAUUUCUCUAGAACUGUAAGGUAAUGGUAUUUCCUUAUCACGGG